AGCGCGGCGGCCGCUUCGGUGGGAGCCAAGGAGGGAUGGUGGAGGCGGUGGGAUCGCGGGGGCGGCGCGGAGGGGACACCGCGGUCCCUUAGGGGAGGCGAGAGGCUCCCGCACGCCCUCCCAGCUCCCGCCCCUUCCCUCUGAUGCUUCCCGCAAACUUCGCAUCCCCCGCGGUGCCGCUCCGGAGCGGCGGCUCCGCUUUGACAUCGUAACCCCUCGCUCGGCGCUGAGAGGAGAAAGAAGCUUCGCCGCCGCCUCUGCGAGCGCAGGAGCCUCGGGACAAGAUGAGCCAGGCGCAGCCCUACGCCCCGCGGAAAAGCGGCUCCCCCGCGGGCGGCACCCGGAGGAACGACAGCCAGGACUACCUGCUGCUGGACGCCGAGCCGAGCGAGGAGAGCGCCCUGCCGCCCUACGCCUUCUACCCGGUCCGAGGCAACGAGAACAGACUAGCGCUCCGACGACAGACCAUUCUCCGGGAGAAGGGGAGGAGGCAGGCCAGUCGAGGGCCAGCAUAUAUGUUUAAUGACCACUCAACAAGUCUUUCUCUUGAGGAAGAGCGCUUUUUGGAUGCAGCAGAAUAUGGAAAUAUUCCAGUGAUUCGCAAAAUGCUGGAAGAAUGUUCCUCACUCAAUGUGAAUUGUGUGGACUAUAUGGGGCAGAAUGCCUUGCAGCUGGCAGUUGCCAAUGAGCACCUGGAGAUCACAGAACUUCUGCUGAAGAAGGAGAACCUGUCUCGGGUUGGGGAUGCCUUGCUUUUGGCAAUCAGCAAAGGUUAUGUUCGGAUAGUGGAAGCCAUCCUAAACCAUCCUGCAUUUGCUGAAGGCAAGAGGCUUGCGUUGAGUCCUAGCCAGUCGGAGCUCCAGCAUGAUGACUUCUAUGCAUAUGAUGAAGAUGGCACACGAUUUUCCCAUGAUGUUACACCAAUCAUUCUGGCUGCUCACUGCCAUGAAUAUGAGAUUGUCCACACUCUGCUGAGAAAAGGAGCUCGGAUCGAUAGGCCACAUGACUAUUUCUGCAAGUGCAGUGAAUGCAAUCAGAAACAAAAGCAUGACUCUUUUAGCCAUUCUAGGUCUAGAAUCAAUGCCUACAAAGGUCUGGCAAGCCCUGCGUAUUUGUCUUUGUCCAGUGAAGACCCUGUAAUGACUGCCUUAGAGCUCAGCAAUGAGUUGGCCGUACUUGCCAACAUUGAAAAAGAGUUUAAGAAUGAUUACAAGAAAUUGUCUAUGCAAUGCAAAGAUUUUGUAGUUGGACUCCUUGAUUUGUGCAGAAAUACAGAAGAAGUGGAAGCUAUUUUGAAUGGUGAUGUAGAGAUGAGCCAUAACAAUGGAGAACAUGGUCGCCCCAGCCUUAGCCGCUUAAAACUCGCCAUUAAGUAUGAAGUUAAAAAAUUUGUAGCACAUCCAAACUGCCAGCAACAACUUCUUUCAAUCUGGUAUGAGAAUUUGUCUGGUUUACGGCAGCAGACCAUGGCAGUGAAGUUUCUGGUGGUUCUUGCUGUUGCAGUAGGACUGCCAUUCCUUUCAAUGGCUUACUGGAUUGCUCCCUGUAGUAAGCUGGGGAGGAUAAUGCGUGGACCAUUUAUGAAGUUCGUAGCCCAUGCAGCCUCUUUCACCAUUUUUCUUGGUCUACUUGUCAUGAAUGCAGCUGACAGAUUUGAUGGCACCAAACUCCGGCCUAAUGAGACAACAGGCAAUGUAAAACAGCUAUUUAGGAUGAAAACGUCCUGUUUCUCAUGGAUGGAGAUGCUCAUUAUUUCUUGGGUAAUAGGCAUGAUAUGGUCUGAAUGUAAAGAAAUUUGGUCCCAAGGUCCGAAGGAAUACCUAUUUGAAUUAUGGAAUAUGCUUGAUUUUGGUAUGUUAGCAAUUUUUGCAGCAUCAUUCAUAGCCAGAUUUAUGGCAUUUUGGCAUGCGUCCAGAGCCCAGAACUUUGUUGAUGCAAAUAUGAAAGAUCUGACAAGUCCGACACUGGAGCCCAACAUAAAAUACUACACCUUGGCCAGAAUAAACUGGGAUCCAUCCGAUCCUCAGAUAAUAUCUGAAGGCCUGUAUGCAAUUGCGGUAGUAUUAAGUUUCUCCAGAAUAGCCUACAUCUUACCAGCUAAUGAAAGCUUUGGACCACUGCAGAUAUCACUUGGCAGAACUGUGAAAGACAUCUUCAAGUUCAUGGUGAUAUUUAUCAUGGUGUUUGUGGCUUUCAUGAUAGGCAUGUUUAAUCUCUAUUCCUACUAUCUGGGGGCAAAACAAAAUGAAGCAUUCACAACUGUUGAAGAAAGUUUCAAGACAUUGUUCUGGGCUAUAUUUGGACUCUCGGAAGUUAAAUCAGUUGUCAUCAAUUAUAAACACAAAUUUAUUGAAAAUAUUGGUUAUGUCCUUUAUGGAGUCUAUAAUGUUACCAUGGUCAUUGUCUUACUAAACAUGCUUAUCGCAAUGAUCAACAGUUCAUUCCAGGAAAUUGAGGAUGAUGCUGAUGUAGAAUGGAAAUUUGCAAGGGCUAAACUUUGGUUUUCCUACUUUGAAGAAGGGAGAACUCUUCCAGUACCCUUCAACUUAGUGCCAAGUCCCAAAUCUUUGCUGUAUCUCCUCCUCAGAAUCAAAAAAUGGAUUUCUAAACCAUUUCUGUGUCAAAAGAAAAGCUUUCAAGAGGAUGCAGAGAUGAACAAGCUUGGUCAAAGGAAGCAGUCAAGUAUAAGAAGCUCAGAUGAAGUCCACUUAAACAGUUUAAACAAUCCUCCAAGGCAAUACCAGAAAAUAAUGAAGCGUCUCAUUAAAAGAUAUGUACUGAAAGCUCAGAUAGAUAAGGAAAGUGAUGAAGUCAAUGAAGGUGAACUGAAGGAAAUUAAACAGGACAUCUCAAGUCUCCGGUAUGAACUCCUUGAGGAAAAAUCUCAGAAUUCUGAAGAUCUGGCAGAACUUAUAAGAAAACUUGGGGAGAAACUGUCAAUUGACUCUAAGGAAGAAGAAAGCAAGAGAUAACCUAAACAAUUAAGAAAUGCAACAGAACAUUAACAAUUCACUUAAAGCCAUAUUUCUGUUUUUCUCAAGUCUAGCUCACAUUUCUACAACACAUUCGGAAAUUAAAUCAUUCCAAUUCUGCUUUGAAAACCACAGCGGCAAAUUCUCUGAGUCUGAUAGAGAGGAAAUGCCACUUGAGUAAAGGUAUUUAUUUAUUCUUUACCUGCUGAAGAAGAGUUAGUUUUAGAUCAUUUUAAUAUUCAAUUUACCUCAUUUACAAUUCCAGUGGAAUCUUGCUAAGCCUGGUCAUGAAAGAUUAAAAGCAUAAAUUUAAACUUUUCCUACAUUAACUGGUUAUUUUUGCAAAUUUCCUUUUGUAGACAUUCUUAACAUAUAUUUUAGUAAAGCAAAUUAUGAAAAUUCCAGGCUUUUACAUAUUUAUAUCAAAAGCUAUUUAAUUUUUCAAAAUUUCUCAACUAGCAAAAAAAAAAAAAAAGCAACACUGCCUUUCUUAUAAAUGUGCAGGAUAUUAAAGUACUUUGUUUGAACAUUUCCUUGAAGAGGUAGAUAGCAGAAUACUCAGAGCACUGUGUUAUACUUUUCCCUACUUAUUCUUGUCACCACAGAACUAUCCUGAAAGAUACCUAGGUUCCAGUGGGAGUUAGUGCAUUAAGAAAGAAAUAUUUUUCACAAAGUUUAUUGAAAAGCUGUUACUGAGGCCUGUUGAAAACUUCUUUAAUCCAAAAUAAUUAAUCUUUGAAGUCCUCAUCUAUUCCAGAAUUCCCAAGUUCUCUGGCUUUUAUGUCCAGAACUACAACCUGCAAACUGCAGGGUAGGGUAUUGAAUGUAAAACUGGUAACUUGUUUAUUUCAGGUGGAAGAUACUAAAUUGUCAGGUCCAAAUCGUCUCUCUGAGUUCUGGAAAUGCCACGCGUUGGGGUCCAUGUUUCCCCACAGUUAAACUUGUCUAAAUUGCCGAAUUUUGUUCAGAUCGAUCGUUAGCAAACAAAAACACGUCGUUCCAAAAGUUCAUGAAAUGUCAUCUAUGGAUUUGUGUCCUUUGUCCUUUUUUUCCACUGGAGAAAGCUCAGCUGUAUUCCCUAGGACUCCUUCAGGGAAGAACGUUCAGUCCAUUUCAGUAGCAGCAGCCUUCAACGUUCCCACCCUGCUCUUCUGCAAUAAGUCUUCUAUGUCUUCUGCUAAGCUGGACAAGAGGUAGCCCAUAGUGUGGCUGACUGGUAGCUAUGUGGUUGGCCAGCUGAUACGUACAUGCAGGACAGUCAGCUGGUUUCUGUCUCUCCAGAUAGGUACAGGCAAACUUCCAUCUAAUUCCCCUCUAGGACAAGAGGGAUUGGCCUUAAAUUGUGCCAGGGGAGGUUCAGAUUGGACAUUAGGAAAUAUUUCUUCACCAAAAGGGUUGUCAAGCACUGGCAGAGGCUGCCCAGGGAGGUGGUUGAGUCACCAUCCCUAGAGGUAUUUAAAAGACAGGUAGAUUAAGUGCUUAGGGAUAUGAUUUAGUAGUGGGCAGGUACGGUUGGGCCUGAUGAUCUCAAAGAUCUUUUCUAACCUAGUGAUUCUGUGAUUCUAUGAUUCUAUGAUUCUAUGAUUUAAUUUUUCCCUCAGUUAAUACAGUAAUUUGGGUUUCUUCUGGCAGUCACCAGCUCUGAGAUUGCUAGAGGCAUAUAUUACAUUGAGGAUCUCUGCUCCUCUUUAAGCUUUGCUGAAAUUAGUGAAAGGGCUGUGAAAAAAUGUGACAGGAACAUUAAGAUGUAUAAUGCACCUGUAAAUGCCUUGUAUGUUUGGGAAACAAGGCUGAAAAUGGCUUGUCAAUAAUUGCUUUUAAAUUAGUUUUGUGAAACUUAUACUUUGUGGAAUGUAUCCAAAUGUUUCUGCCUCUCCCUUUUAGGCUAGAGGUUAUUUUUUAGAGGGUUGAGGUUAUUUUCUAGUUAAAUUUACUGACAGUCCUUUUUUAUAAAAAAUGGUGAAAUCACUGUGUAAGUUCUGGGACAAAAAAAAGAGGGUAUUAGAGGAGGUUUUGAAACCACGUGGAGACAGGUGGAGAUGAGGGAAUCUGUCCUACCUGGGGAGCAAUAGAAGUUUCUGUGGAGGUCAACCUGCCCCAAAGGCAUUUGUCAUGGUCUGGGGGAAGUGCUGAGCCUCCUGCUCAGCCCGUUAGUUUAGCCACAAUUGGAGGGCAUGGGACAAUCUGCAUCCUAUGGGCUUCAGGCACAAUGAACUCAGGGUUUAGAACUUUUAAGGCUUCUUCUCUGAGGGAGGAGAGGGAAAGCAAGAUUCUCAACGGCAGUAGAAGAGUCUGUAUUAAAAAGUCACAGUGUGCUGGCCUGAAAAACUAUGAGCUACAGAACAGCCAAUUUCAUAACUCACCUUUCAUCAGGAAAAAUCAUUACCUUAUAAUCUGCAGUAUUUCCUGCAGUAAUCAACAGGAGGGACUACAGACUCUGAGAUGGCCUGGUGGCUGCUCUUCAGCAGAAACACUCUGGUUUGUGUCAGCCACCAUGUGGAAAACUAAGGCAUUUGGGAUGGUCCCAAGCUAGAAAGCAUCAGGAAGCUAACUUUCACUAGCUUUGAGGUCCUGAAUGGUUCUCACACAUUUCUUUUGGCCAGGAUUGGCCACUAAUUUUGAGGUCCUCCUUGAGAAUGUUGGGUCUAGUUUUCUGAAGCAAUGAGCACUUACUACAGCUCAGUUGAAUAACCAUUUUAGAGGCCAUACUGCUGAAAGCAGAUCUUUCACCUUUGACAAGCUCUUCAGAAAAUCUGUUUGUCCGAACUUGAGGUAGCAAGGACAGUCUAAGUUUGCUUUCAGUAACCAAAAGUCUUUAUAAUGUACAAUUUAGUCUGCGGUCUAGUGAUAGAUGAUGGUAAAACUUUGGUUUCCAUAAACCCAAUAUAAGGAAAUACAUAAACACAGUUUAAGAUCCAGGUACUUUUAAGGUGAAGAUUUUUAUUACAGAGGUAAAAUGGACACUGUGAAUUUGUUUAAGCCCAAAUUUUGACUUACCUUAAAACUAUAAGAUGGUAAUGUAUAUAUUGUAUUUCAUGAAGAAAAUACAUAUGGAGUUUUUUAAUUCAAUGAAGAUAUUUUAUAUGUUGUUACUACUCAUGAAACAAUUUGUUAAAUAUAUUUGAAGAGGUCUAUCGCAAAUGUAAUGUGACAAGCAAUGUAGUAUUUAAAAUGAGCACAAUACCAAAUAUAUUAUUCUGAUUAAAAAAAAAA